AUGGCCUCCAAAUAUUACCACGAACAGCUGUGUGAAAAAUAUAAUAAUCCCUCAAAAUCGGAAUGUAAUGGUUGGCGUAGUACCUUUUAUUAUCCGGGCGGUGGAAAUUAUCGCGGUUAUUGGUCAAGAUCUCAACAUCAUCGUUUUGGUGUCAAAGAAUCGAAAAGCCAUCUCAUUUACGACGGCCAAUGGAAGGAGGGAAAGAGACAUGGUUGGGGUAUGAUGCGUCGUCGUUUACAAAAUGGUACAAUGGAGAGGAUAUAUGCCGGACAGUGGCAAAACGAUAAAAAGUGUGGUGAAGGGAAACAAUUUUAUGCGGAUGGUAGCAUCUAUUAUGGUUGGUGGUUGGAUAAUCGUCGCCAUGGUUUGGGAAUACAAUGGUAUGGUUCGGGUGAGAUAUAUUUGGGUGAAUGGCAGGUGGAUGUACGGCAUGGUUUGGGUGUUAUGUUUUAUGCAAAUGGCAACCGUUAUGAGGGCUAUUUUGCCCGGGGCUUUAAAAAUGGUGAGGGCACAUUUUAUCACAUGCUCAGUGGGCAAAUACAAAAAGGCAUAUGGCAAGAUGAUAUAUGCAAGGUAUCGAUGCUGCAGGAUGAAUUUCGUCAACAGACCCAUAAACCUACACCAUAUCCCAUACCUCUCUUACGUCUGGCCUGUCCCACGGAAUUUAUUCGUAAACUUUUUGCCGACUAUAAUGAUCGUGUGAAAAUCUCAUGCAAUUCCCCGAAGUUUGUGGAGAAAUUUCGAAUGCAUAUCAAAUUAGAACCCAAAGCUAUGACAAAAUCCAAAUUCGUAUUGGAUGAUUUAGAUGUUCCGUGUACAUGCAAAAUGCGUGAGAAAUUAAUACAACUUCGUGAAUUAUAA